GCAAGACGAAACGUCAAACGCGCCCUGGCGUACAACAAAAUUUGUUUACGUGCAAUUCCGUCUGCUCCGUUUUUUGUUGUUUAGCAUUAUGUUUUAUGAAUGAAAACUUUCCCCAAAGUGUGCCCACCGCGCAGUGAUAGUGUUCUCGUAAAGUGCAUUCCCAGUUUGGGCCAAAACUUGCACCGAUCUGCCUUCGAUUGGUUCCUCUUUGUGGGGGAGUGUGAACGCGCAUAGAAAAAAGGGGUGUACCACCCUUUUUCUCCACCAAGCAGCACCAGCAUUCCGAAGGAGUCGAAAUAAAAGCAACCAGCACGAUGGUUCGGUUCGUCUGUUUCACCCUGUCCACCUGACCCCGGGGUUCACUCGCUGUGAAUCAUCAACAAACCACGCGUGCACUCGUGCGUCCGUGUGUAUAUACCGCGCAUCUCCGGCAGUUCAAACGGUCAGCGGACGACUGUCCGCCGCAUCCGGCAGCCACCAUCCGGACCGGACGGACCCUCCUGACCUGCGCACCAUGACGAACAAUCGCAACCGCACACCGACCGGACAGAUACGGGACGAUUUUCUGCUCGAGACCAACUUCGACGAUGAUGGUGCCCUGACCCGGGCGUACAACACCCUUCCACAGCAACAGGCGGCCGCCCUUAACAGUGGGCUGCAGCGGCGAAGCAUACCUUAUCGUUCGAACUUAUCGGUGGAUCGAUACUCGGAGACAACCCUUCACGGGAAACCACCGCGGAAAGGUGGAUGCUGCAAAUCAUGCGUGACGCGGAUACCGUACGCGACACUGAUCGCCACGGUCAUGUGCCUUAUCGGGGUGGGCGUCUUCUGCGGUACCAUGUUCCGUGGCACCUCCCUCGCCAUCAUUAUGCUCGACCAGGUGUUCCACCUGCGGCUACCGUGGAUUGAAGCGGUACAGAUCAUUUUCGUCGUAAUCGGUGCGUCGAUGGCCGCGCUCGGGCUGAUGAUACUGUUCGUCGGCUUCCUGGCAACUGGCGCCACCCGGCACAAGGUGUACCGGGCGUGGGGAUCCCGCGUCGGUGGUCGCAUUUCCUGUGCCGUCUUUAUGGCCAUCUCGUACGUGCUCAACAUUGCGUGGAUUCUCAUCCUCUGCUUCCUGUCGAUCGUCACGUUUGUGUUUACCGUGUUUUGGAACAUGUGCGCCAACACGAACGUGCAGACGCAUCGGGAUUGUAUCGAUCUGACGCAGUUCUACUUUAUGUUCCCGGAUGGUGUAAAGCAGGAGGACAUGAAGAUCUGCGAACCCGCGAAGGUGAAAGCGUUCUGCAAGGAUGGUGUGGAAAAGUGUGAAAUCAUGUUCAUCCUCGCGACGGUAUCGUGCCUGCUGAUCAUACUCAGCUUCGUGCACUAUCUGAUGUGCCUGGCCGCGAACUACGCGCACAUUCGCGACCACGAAAAGUUCCAGGAGCUGCAGGAAAUCCAGAACCUGACCGAGAUGGAGUACAGUGCGGCGUCCAAGGACCGGUUCUAGGAUACGGCCCAGGAGAUCUACAUUGAGCACAGCGCCUGAGGGUGGCCCCACCACGGUAAGCCCGCGUAUGGCGCUGUACGAGCAGCUUACGUUUAAAUUUGCCACCCCUUAAGGUAGGGGGUUGAGCAGGUCCCUUUUUUUUGCGCUUUUUACGCUCGUUAAGCAGUUAAGUUUACGGAUGAGCUCCGAUUCCGACAGGGAGUCGAGCUUACGCCCCCCCCCAAAAUUACGUUCACCACUGUGUGGAUAGAUUAGAUUAUGUUUAGAACGCUCUGGCACUGCCAUGCGGCAGAUUUUUUGCUGCUUCCUAUUCUGUUUCCCGCCUAAUCUUCCCUCAAAAUUGUUUGUGUUUUUUAGUCCCCCAAAUCCGUCCAAAUCUGGCAUCUUUCUGGUUUCUUUUUUCUUCUGUCGCUUACACAAUUUAAACAUAGGCUCGCGUUCGUUUGCCCAAUAUAGAUACUCCUGGUGGCCAGCGUAGUAGUAGUAGGAAGCACGACAACGACGCAACGGAAAACGACUCAGAAAGAAGGUCACCCAGCGGAUACUAGAGUAGAAGAAGGUAGAAGACGAAAAGCCCCCUUUAAAAAAAAAGUCUGACGAGGUAACAAUAAGCAAACACAACGGUCUUUAUUGUGCACAAAACAAAAAAGGUAACAGAUACAACGGUUUGCUUCAUGUAUUCAUGUCCUUCUGGCCGGGGUGCAUAAAUCCGUGGCGAUGCAAAGUAGUAUUACAUAUCGAUUGAAGCGAAUGGAAAGGAUUCCCCGUUGAGGGGCGUUGGCGUCACACCGGCAAAUGAUAACAGAAACGUACAGACAGACACAAAAAGCACAAAACCCCAGCAUUACUUGUUAAAGUAAAGCAAAACAUAAUACAUUCCAGUGUGAUAAGAGUAAGAGGCAAUGAUGGUGAAAAUGAAUCGUAGCGAGAGAAUCCUUCACAAUCCCGAUUAGAGAUAGGAAGAAAGUGCAUGAAAGCAAAGGAAAACGGAUAUAGUAUUUUUAUAUCUAUUGAAUGUACAUGAUAACGCUACAUAUACCGAACACAAUCCCACGUGCGCUGUGGGUGUGUGUAUGGAUAUUUUUUAUACACCAGCAAACAAAUGAAAUCCUACAUUCCGGUGCGUGUACCGUUUUCGGGACACUAGCGCGAUCUCCUCGAAUUAUACAGAACAGAUAGAAGGGAUGCCAAUGACAACGGUUGCGGUUGCAAAUGGCGGCACACAAGAUGGUGAAUACUUUAAGAGACCCUUAACGCGUACCAUGUAUUAGAGUUAGUGUUUUCUUGCAUUUAAUGUGCGUCACUACAAAUUUGACACGGUCCUAGCAACAAAGGGUUCGCAUAUUUAUACCGAUGCUUGUAUUUUAUUUUGCCUUGCUAUAUAAGCAGCAUCAGCAGCAGAACAAGUGGUCCGCUCAUUUACUCACGUGUGCAUUACAUAUUUACAAGCUCAUCGCGAGCUCAGCCUAACCUUCCAGCCUAAAGCAACAAACUAAAUCUCGCUCUUAAACAAUCAAUCCCUCAUUCACUGUAAUGCGUGUAAGUGUUUGUUCUUCCCUCCGUCAGUAUUCAUUCAGUAUUUAAUCGUCGUUCUUGUUGUACCAUUCUAAUUCUCGCUUUCACAUGUAACCAAUUUAUCCUUCUCCCAUUUACACUCCUAAAAAAAACGAAAUGUGACCGAUUUCGUUCCAAUUGACGGACUCUUUUCACGGACACGGCUAACCUUUCCUUUCAUAAUAUUCUAUCGCUUCCCCUUGGAUGAUGUUAAAAUGGAAGAAAGAGGCAUUUUUUUUACUAAACGAGAAAAAAGGAACUCAAAAAAAUGCAUUGAAUUUGAAAAAUUCACCCUUCUAAAGCGUUCUGAUUGAUAGUGAGUAAGAAAUGUUCAAUGGUAGCAGUUAAGUUGCUAAUUUUGCACUGUUGCAUGCAUGCAUAAAGGUAGUUUUCGUUCUUAUUAUUUACACGCGUAAAGCAGAAUAAUUAUAAAAAAGGAUUGUUUUAACCGCGCGCGUCAGCAAAAACGAGUGGAGGAG